GAAUAACUAAAAGACGAGACAUGGGAUAUUUAGGAGCUCUUUCAAGAUAAUAUUUUAACUCUAAAUACCAUCCUGCAAAACAGGAAUAUAUGUCUCAGAAAUUCAGUAUAAAAGGAGAUCCUCACUUCGAAGAGGCAGUAUUUGUGCUUUUUUUGUUAUGGAAAGUUCUAGUGGAGAGUGUUCUAAAUUUAAAAUGAAGAUUAUUCUAUUUGGAUUAAUUCUUCAAACCAUAUACGGAUUACCAAAUAGCCAUGUUCAAGAAGUUUUCAAGUGGAAUGUUAUGGAAUAUGAGGAUUUUCCAUUAACUGAUGACUCCUAUGUGGGCCCCUACAAAUAUUACAUCCCGGAAAAUGUGCAAAUGCUCAGUAUGGGCUAUCAUCCAGCCAGUGGGUUGAUGAUUAUGUCCUUUCUGAGAACACGUCCUGGAGUACCUGCAGCUUUGGGAGCUUUCUGUGUCACUGAUUACCCUCAAGGAUCAAGUCCAAAAAUUUGGAAGUUCCCCAAUGCUCAUGUAAAUGAUCUGAAAGCAGCUGAUUUUGCGUACUUUACUGAUCCACUAGGCAAUACGCAUUCCAAUCCUGUCUCCAACUAUCCCUACAAACAAUGGGAGAAUUCCUUUCACAAUAGAUUCCAAAAGAAUCAAUUUUAUCCUUUCGGACAAUUCCCAUUCCAAAGGGAUGUUUCAGUAUUUGGCAAUGACAAACAAAUCCAGAGAAUUGUUUCAGUUUUCCACAUCACCGUUGAUGAGAGGUGCAACCGCGUUUUCUUCGUGGAUAAUGGACAAUUGACCUACAACCGCAACAGAACCUAUGUUAUCCAGAAACCAGCCUUGGUUGUUGUAGGACUUCCUGCAAAUGGAUGUCAACUUAGGAAUUUCCCAAUUGAACGUAGAGUUGAACUUCCCGAUCAUAUAAUUGCAAAAGGAUCAGAUGGAUUUGAACACAUAACAAUUGACUACCAACCAGGAGACUUCUGCGAUGAUCUCUAUCUCUACAUUACAAAUAUCCUCUAUAACUACCUCACUGUUUAUGAUUACAAACGAAAUGAUUUCUGGACCUUUGAACAUGAAACCUUCCUGCCAAUUGCUGCUGAAUCCUUCUUCGUAUUCGAUAAGACAUUCAACUAUCAAUUAAAUCUUGGACUUGCAUCCGUUUCCUUAGGGUACCCAGAUGUGGUUGGUGAUAAACCAGCUUAUUACACUAAUUUAGCCGGUACAGGACAGUACGUGGUAUCCACUAAAGUCCUCAAGGAUAAGAGUAAAGCGGACUUUUACUACAAUCCGAAUGAUUUUGCCAUUGCUGGCUAUAGAGGAUGCAACCAUCAAGCAAUUAAAACAGUCAUUGACUACACCACCGGAGUUAUGUUCUUCUCUGAGGUUCAAUCAAAUCAAAUUCGUUGCUGGAAUAUGAGCAAACCCCUCAAUCCGGACUACAUUGGGGUAGUUUAUGAAUCUGAAGACUACAAAUAUGGAACACAGAUGUUUGUGGACUCCCUGGGCUAUCUGUGGUUCCAAUCAACCCACAUACCAAUUGUCUACAGCACUGAUUUGCCUCUGAAUCUCCAUGAAGUAACUCAAAAAAUAUUCCAUGUUCCAGUGUCUUAUGCUAUUCGUGGCACCAUUUGUGGUGAAGGGUUGUAAAUUGUAUGAACUUCUGCAUUAUAAAUAAUAUUCUUUAAUCACAAA